CUCGCGUUAAAGCAAACGUCUCAGGUGAUAAACCAACAGAGCUGAGUACUACAACCAAACAUGAGGCCUAACCUGGCUCCUCUGCUGCUGCUGCUGCUGUUGUUAUCGGUGUGUUUCCCCGCUGUGUGUGCUCUUUCACAUGUGGAGGAGUUGAAGAGCCAGGAGCGGCUCUUCCUCAGCUCCCUCGGCCUCUCCGGUCGACCCCGGCCCGCAGGGGGCCUCCAGCCGCGGCGUCACGUCCCCUCCGCGCUGUGGAAGAUGUUCCGGAGGUCAGAGAACACUCAGGCCCAGGAGAGCGACCCCUGCACGGUGUCUGAGUACGGAGUCCGCGGCAACAUCAUCCGAUACGUGCAGGACCAAGGCAGGCUGGUGUCUGGUUGGAGCAGCUGUCAGCUCUGUGUGGAGAAGCAGCUCUUCUUCAACAUGUCGGUGCUGCAGCCUGUGGAGCUGCUGUCCCUGGCUCAGCUGGAGAUCAAGUUCCACUGGAACGCCUUCAGCCCUGCUGAGCUGCUGCAGGGGCCCCGGGCCCUCAGCGUGUCUCUGUACAAAGUGAUCCGAGCCACGCUGAGGGGGGCCAACCCUCAGGCCAACCGCAGACUCCUUCUGUCCCAGUCGGUGCAGCUGCAGCCCGACCCGGCCUCCAUCACUCUGGACCUCACCUCGCUGGCUGAGAGCUGGAGAAAAGCGGGCCGCAACUACGGUUUGUUGUUAGAGCUGCUUCCUCUCAGCGCACACCCAGACGAACUGCUCUCUUUUCACCCUGGGAACUCUCUGCCACUGGACGCAGCCUUCAACCUCCCGCUGGUCCAGGCGUCAUUGGUCGCUGUGUCCCUCAACCCCCACCAGUGUCGCUCCCGACAGAGACGGAGUGCAGUCCACCUCCCUGUCACGCCCAGCAACGUGUGCAAAGCCCGCCGCCUCUUCAUCGACUUCAAAGACGUCGGCUGGCAGGACUGGAUCAUCGCUCCUCAGGGAUACAUGGCCAACUACUGCAACGGCGAGUGUCCGUUCCCGCUAAGCGAGAGUCUGAACGGCACCAACCACGCCAUCCUGCAGACCCUGGUGCACUCCCUAGACCCACAUGGCACGCCACAGCCCUGCUGCGUGCCCAUCCGCCUGUCCCCCAUCUCCAUGCUCUACUACGACAACAACGACAACGUGGUGCUGAGACAUUACCAGGACAUGGUGGUGGACGAGUGCGGCUGUCGAUGACAUUGGCCCUUGACCGUAAAAAAAGUAUUUCUUCCCAUUUACAUUUUCCCUGAAUUCUGUUAGAUAAUUCUGUAAUGAGGCUAACAAGGACAUCAAUGAUUUUAAAGAAUUUUAAAUGUUUUUUUUCUCAAAUAAAUGAAACUAUGUCUUUUAAUCUGACAGCUGAUGUUAAUAAAAUAAAGCCACACUGGAGGAGACAGAAUUUGAAA